AUGUCCAUUUUCUCGCAUAUUAGAAAGAGCCGCCAGCAGGCCAAGGAACACAACGCAAAGGUGGCGGAGCAGGAGAAGAAGGAGCAGCAAAAGGUGCCCUGGCGAGAGCUCGACCGGCCACGGAUUCUGGAAGAAAAUCGCAGGAGAAGCGCCAUGGCUGCAAGCGGCCAUCACAUGAACAUGCCUGGUGCCCCCCGCAUUGGCAGCAGCCUGUCUCACGUCACGUACCCGGGAGAGGACGCCACUCCCAUGGCUCGCCUGCCCCGAGCCAACAGUUACACGGGCGUCUCCUCUUACGCCGACCGCAGUCGAGAGGCCGUCUACCCCGUCCCACACAUUUCCUACUCUCGACCCACCUCCUUCAAGGGUAAAGAAGUCGUCGGUAGGUGGCCAGCUUGCGAUUCGCAACGGGCAAGCCCCACGCCGAGCAAAGUAGGCGAGCCGUCGCCGGUCGAGAGCUCCAGUGGCUCCACCGGCUCUGGCUCUCAGGAUGAUCUGGAGAUCAAACCGACUCGUCCACGCGAACGGCUCGCCGACUCGCCACAUCGACUGCAUCCGAGCCGCCCCCGAAGAACGUCCGAUAGUUCCAUCGAGCGCGUUGCCGCCGGCAAAUCAGCCAAAGGCAUGGUGCCGUCGAAUUACGUCCGAGAUUCCCGCCCUCCACCUUCGAUGAGGGGCUUUGCUUCCAUCGCCCAGGUCGCGGCCCCUCCGCCAGUCCAUUCAGGCUUUUUGACUCCUCCGCUACCCUCACAGACGGCACUCACUAGUCGUGGCCACGCCAAAGGGUCGUCGUCUGCUGGCAGCAUGACGCCGCGCCAGAACUCGACUUCCUCGUUGCCCAGCUUGACCCCAACCUCGUCGCGCGUAGCUGCGUCUGCUCCCGGAACGCCGGCGCCCUUGGUGGUGCCUCAGGCCGAGUAUCCUCUCAACUGGGCAUCGGUUUCGCAUGCCGAUUCGGACAAGUCAUGGCCGCCCAGUGGCUUCGGGGAAGCGUAUGGUGCAGCUCAGCAGAGGCCAGGGGACAAGAGAAUGGCCCGGACAAUGUACGCCUCCGAAUUCGAGCCCGUCAACUCCACAGACAUAAGGUCGUCGUAUGAGGAUGCCUCUCGCUUGGAUCGUGGUCGGAAACCACCUCCCUUGGCACACGAGGAUGUCGUCAACGUCUUUCCUGAACAGGCGUCGCUCCCUGAGCCGGCCACGCCGAGCGGCAAGAAGAAAGGCUCCAAAGGCGGAGGCAAGAUAGUAAAGAAGAGCCGGUGGUCUAGCUCCAAGGCCUCCGCCGUCGUCGUCUAG